UCAGAAUCUUCCUAUCUGCUUUUCUGUUUUGUUUCUGCCUUUGCAAAAUCCAUGUGCUGUUUCUUGUCUACUGGCUGUGUGGACAGUUCUAGUAUUCACCAGAUGCCUUUGUUUUCAAUUUUGUUGGCUUCUUAGAAGUCAGUGUGGCAUCUAGUAAUUAAUACCUAUAUGGGGAUGAACAGGUUAAAAUCUUCACUCAGACCUGAAGUUCAUGAAGUGUCUUUGGGCCAGUAGUUCUCAAUCUGACCUGUUUCACUGAAGAUAAAAGUGGAGGAGGGGAAAGGCUGAUAGGUUGCCCUUAGCUCUUUAAAGGGUUUUUAUGUCAGAUAGAAAAGUUUUUAUGUGGGACCUUAGGGUCCAGGUAGGAGUAGAGAAAGAUGCCACACUUGUGCCUCUCUCUGGGGCCCUCAUGGGAAUGCAGGCUGCCUGUCAGAGUCUGCAGGAGAAUGAAUAAAAGUCCUCCUGUAAAAGCAGUCAUUUUUCAACUGUUUCCUCCAGGGGUAGAUAAAUUGAUUUGGAAGGAGCAAGAGUUUAUCUGCAAAAUAAUGAGUUAGGUGCACUGGAGCCAAAAGCAAGAGUCCUUUAGCAAAGGUCUGUUUUUGCUAUAGCAAGAUACUAUCUGCUGGAGAAAAAUAUUAAUGCUCUUGCCUAAAUAAAUGAAACAGUUUUGGCAGCCAUGAAAGCCACACUUUCUAUUCGCAAUGCAACUCAAUACCAAGCAUUGCCCAUGUUGUUGGCUGCUAAUAGUCCAUAGUUUGCUGCCUACAAUCCUCGGCUUGCUGCUUCAGUGGUAUCUGGGCACAGCGGGGCUGGGCAUAAAGAACCUCCUGUUGCAGGUCAGUGUAAAGGCAAGCCAGCUCUCACAAGUAGACUUCUGAAGUAAGUUCACAGCAGCUUGCCUCCUGUCUAGAAAUGUUCUGGGAAGCUGCAGUCAACCAGUCGGAACCUGUUGUAAACAGCAUAAUCCAAGAUAAGAGCUAGCCCAGAUAACCUCUUUCCGUAAGAACCUCAGCCCUAUAUAAACAAGGUGUGCUGGAUGAUAGCAGAGGAAGGGGCUCUGGCAGUGCUCAAAGUUCAUCCAGACUCCAAGCAUUGUCAGCUGUGGAGUUCUUUGCACAGCAGGGCUGUUGGCCACUGGAACUGUUGGUAUGUAGAUAUCUUUAAUUUUUCUCAAGAAUUGGGCUGAGGGUAUGAGUAACGUCAUCAAUUAUUCAGCUACAAUGUUGUGUUUCCAGUACUUGCAAUUCCAUUUGGGUUUAAUUGCAUGAGGAGUGGGAGAUGAGAGAAAAUGGCAGCCAACAAAUUGGGAGGGGCCCUUUUUGCCCACUCCUUUCAUACCAGUAAUGAUAUGGCAGCAAGUUUUCAACUGGACUGCAGCUUAAUAUUCUGGAGUUCUGUAAAGCAUCCAGCAGAUUAUUCCCCUUCCCCAGCUGGGCAGGAAUGUGACCUUGCAAAUGCUGAGGCUUCCUGACCGUGGGGAAACGGGCAUGUUUAACAAGGUCUACAGUGGAUUAUGUGGAUGCUUCACCACAGCCACGCAUCCUCUUUUGAGUUACAAUGUGUAGAAAGCUGUUGACAGCAUUCUUUGCAACUGCUUGUGAAUGUAACCAUAUCAAGGGAAUUUGUUCCUCUUCAAAUGGAGGUGCUUUGCCUUCAAACCUUCUGCCCUCAACUGCAUAACAGCUAUUGUAUCUGAAUGAGCUUCCUCCCAUCUAAUGUACAGAGGUUAGUUGAACAGCUACCACAGAAGCACUAUUAGUAUUCUUUGAGGCUGGCAUGAAAGAGAAAGGCAUGGUGAGGAGUAGAAAGGGCAGCUGAGGUUACUUGGCAUGAGGCUGUCAGGAGUGGUAAUCAACUGGAAUUUCACCCGUGCAUAAACUUGGCAGGCAGAGCUCAGCUGCAUGGUAAUCACCGACAUGUAGCCUGGAUUGUCCUUAGCCUUCCAAGGAUCCCUGAACACGAUAAGCACAUGUUCUGUAGAUUAAUAUAUCUGAAGAAGUGUGCAUGCGCAUGAAAGUUCAUACCAAGAAUAAAAUUUUGUUGGUCUUAAAGGUGCCACUGGCUCAAGCUUUUUUCUACAUCUUCUGUAGGUUUCAGUAUUUUUAAAAUUGUCUGUCAUGCUACAUACUUGUUUUGACCCAAGUUACCAAUACACAUUGCUGUUAACAAAAUUCCAUUGGCAGGCUGAAUCUAAAAUGUAAAAACAGUAGCCAGGCUAUUUGAUUGGUAUGCUGAUGUGGUAAAAACUGUUCUAAAGACUGUGACCCAUGGAGCAACCUGGCCCAUGAUGGAGCCUCCCUCCCCACUUAUUCUCUGUAUUGUCUCACUUUGGAAGUUUUCUGUUGUGGCAAGUACUUUAGCUUUGGCAUGGCCAUUAUCUCUGAUGGCUUUUAUUAUAGGUACUUUAUCAUUGCCCUGCAAAGCCAGCUAAGGUAAUGAUCACUAUUACUUCUUUCUACUGAUAAUUCUUUGUGUCACAUGGAGAUAUCUUAGUCCUUGUCAUCCAUUCCUGACUUUUGAGAGUUCAUUCUCCAGACAUUUCAUCUUUCAAAUAGCUUAUAUUUUCUUGCAUGGAUCUGAUCUCAUUGCAAUCCCAGGCAAAGGUUAAACAUCAGCAGUGGAUGGAUUUCUGACGGACAUCAGCACCACCUCCUGGAUCCCAGCUGCCUGGAGAGAGCAAGGAGACAACCCUGAUCAGAAACAGAAUGUGAAGGGUUCACAGUGGAACCUACCCUGCCCUGCUUAUGUACACCUCUGAUAGUUCAGUCUGAUGUACUUGUGGCCACAUAGGAGUCUGGACCAACUUCUUCUGAAUCAUGAAAUGCAUCUAUAUACUAGGAAUGAAUACAAAUAAAAAUACCUUUUGUUCAAAAAGAUAAUUGUGUAUAAUGUUGAUAUAAAAUACUCAUACCUGAUAAGUCCAUUUUUAAAUGGAUAGUUGCCAUGAACAAGGUCUGGGAAGAUUCCUUCCCCCACACACACCAACAAACAGCUGUAAGAGUAAAUAUGUCCACACAACUUUACCAGCAGCACUUCCUGGAAAGGGGGUGGGCACUUGUGCGGCUUUGAUGGCACAGAGAGUGCUCCCCAGCCUGCAGGAAUAGACCAAGAUCUAUCAGAAUUGCUGCCUGUCACGGAAGCCUUACUAGAAAACGUGGCAACCUUCAAUAACUGUGGGGUCACCUCACUUUGAACCUACCCUGUAGAUUCCCCUUUAAGAGUACCUGCAGCGAGAAGCAGCUGAUCAUAAUUAGCACCAGGUAAUGAAUAGCUCCACCUGUGAAUGUCUGUAGUGCAUUCCCUCCCAACCCAGGCUGACUUUUUCUGUGGUAAUUCAAAGGGCAUCUCUUGGUCUCUGGUUAGAUUGUUGAGGACACAAGUUUGAUUGCCUCCAUUCCUCUAGCACCCCCUUAAAAGAUUUCUAUCCGCUCAAUCCUCUGACAGCAUUGUUAUGUAGUGCUCAUCUUCCAAGACUGGACUGGAGGAGCAGACUGCUGUUCAUGGACUAAUGAUUGAUUGCUCCUCCCCACCCUCCUUUCUCCAUAAGAGUCUGGGUGUAGCAUUUCUCUGUAACAUCAGCUGCCUGAAGCACGAUGGAAGAGUCAUGCCCCACCCCAUUUACUUCGCCCAGGCUUCUUGUGUUUGCUGCAUACACACCCCAGGGAGGAUGUAUGGCUCAUCUCUACAUUCUGGGCCCUUUCUCAUGUUGCAGACAUCAUAAUCCACCCAUCAUAUUCCAUAAAGAUUCAUAUAAUUGUUGCUGUUCUCCCACACCCAGCACCAAUUCCUUCUGUGCAGAAAUAAACUAUUCAGAGACAGUGGGAGAAAGCUGGCUGGAUCUGCUAACUCCUUCUUGGCUUUAACUAUGUUUCUGUCCCCCACCCUAGAAAUCUGCUUUGGACCCCUGCACUUUUCUUGCCUUCACAGAGAUGCCUUCUGAACAAACCAGAGUUCACCCACUGGUGCAAAUGCUUAUUGAUUUCACCGCAGGGGCUGCAGGAGGAGUAGCCUGUGUGGUGAGCGGACAGCCCUUUGACACCAUCAAGGUGAAGAUGCAGACAUUUCCAGCCAUGUACCGUGGCUUCUUCGACUGCUCAGUCAAGACCUACCAGCAGGAGGGCAUGUAUGGUCUCUACCAGGGCACCACCCCUGCCUUGCUGGCCAACAUUGCCGAGAAUGCGGUGCUGUUUGCCUGCUAUGGGUUUUGCCAGCAAUUGGUGAGGCAGCUCUUUGGAUUGGGCAACAUUGUGGAGCUCAGUGACUGGCACAGUGCGAUUGCUGGCUCCUUCUCCUCCGUGUUCUCCUCCAUGGUUCUAUGUCCCACAGAGUUAGUGAAAUGCCGGAUGCAAGCUCUCCAUGAGAUGAAAGUUACAGGACAGACAACUCUUUCACAACGCAGCUCCACGUGGGCCGUGGUGAAAGCCAUCUUCCAGUCAGAGGGCCCCCUGGGUUUCUUCCAAGGCCUGACCAGUACGUGGCUGCGGGAGGUGCCUGGCUAUUUCUUCUUCUUUGGGGGUUACGAAGUCAGUCGCAGCUUCUUUCUCCAGGCUGGGCAGUCAAAGGAGGAGUUGGGAGCUCUUCCUGUCACAGUGAGUGGUGGAAUUGGUGGUGCUGCCUUCUGGCUGGCUGUCUAUCCCAUUGAUUCAGUGAAGUCUCGGAUUCAGGUGUUAUCUAUGGCUGGGCGGCAAGAUGGCUUUCUACUUUCUUUCCUGCACAUCCUACGGACUGAAGGUGUGAUGGCUCUUUAUUCUGGCCUGAUGCCUACAGUGAUCCGAGCACUGCCCUCCAAUGGUGCCCUCUUCCUCGCCUAUGAAAUGACCCAGAAAAAACUGACCAGCCUGGCUGAAAGGACAACCUGACAUCAGGGGCGGGUCCUAGAACAAGAGACUCUUGUACAGGGUGGAACAGCACUUGAAAUUCUCCGUUUUAAUGGGACUGUUUUUAGCCAAGCCCUCUCAAGGAGUUUUUACAGGACACACCAGGCUUGAGAGAGAGCAGGCCUUUUUGGAUUUCAGGAUGUCUGUUGGUGGGGUGGAAGUAGGAGACAGCCAGAGUCAUCCUCCCUUGGCAUAUGUCCUAAAGACCUGCAGCAACAAAGACCUUUCCCCCCUAGGAACGGCAGGGUGUAUUGUGGGAGAUGAGUGAUGGGAAAUGACCAAAGAUAGCCUUCUCCCAUUGCCUCCCUUACCUCCAUGUCAUGUGGCUAAUGUUCUUGAAAGAAUCUGUCUUCUUUUUUAGUACAAUAAAAGUGUAUGUCUCAGCUG